CGCUCUCCGUACAGCUCCACGACGAACGAGCGUCAGCCGCGUCCUCAACGGCGGUCUUCCAUCCUUUGGGCCAUAGGUGUGUCUGUGUAUGUGUGUGUGUGUGCCCGUGUGUGCGUGUGGCCCUAAACCGGUGGCAACUUUAAGACAGCAAAAGAAGGGUCGGUCACGGUUUCGUUUACGGUUACGCUAACGGAUUGAAUAAACACACGGCCACGGCCGCGGCCGCCACACGGAAGUGCAGAGUGGAAAAAAGUGCAGAGCCCGAAAACGACCGGAAAUCAACUAAAUUGUCGUCACUCCAAUCAAGUGGAAAUUUGAUUAAAACGAAAGGCGAACCCAGAGAAGAGCGAGAGAAAGGAAAAAAUUUGAGCGAGAGUCUAUGAAAAGGUAGCGGCAGAAAAGGAAAUCAACACGCACGCACAUGAGCGAGUUUUCCUUUGGAAAACAUUAAAAAUCGAAAUCAGCGAAGCGUAAAACUUUCCACAAAAGCUAGCAAAAAAAAACGUAAAGAAUAAAAAACCCAUACAAAAGGUGAAACAAAGUGAGAGAACAAUAAUUUUUGUAGUGCCGAAGAAAGAAAUACUAAAGACCGCAACACAAGGACCAGCUGACGGCCAGGAGUGGACAGGAUACUCUGCUUUAUUUUCGUCCUUUCGGCCAAAGCAUGAAAUUAAGUGCAGAUUAUCAGAAGAUUAUAUUUUAAUAGCAUUUCAAGCUGUUGCCUUUCUUGGACCCAAAGGAAGUGGAAAUCUGACCCUACAACAACCACAAAUACUUUGUGGCAGUGCCCUCUGCGUCCGUGUGUGCCUGCGUGUGUGUGUGUGUGCUACAAGUGCGGCUUAUUACAUGAUUACUGCCUCGUACAAGGGAAAAUAUACGUAUCUAAUGCAAACACACAAAAUACAUACAUGAAAGAAAGCGUGCAAGAAAUUGAAAUUAAAAGAGGAAUUAAGUGUCGCGUGUGUUGUCUCCGUGUGUGUGUUUAAUCUAUAUAGUGUCCUGUUCCUGUGUACUUGAGGCAAAUAUUGAGCCUCGUGGACUUUCGUGGAGCAACAGAUCUCACUGGGAGCUCGAAUCCAACUCAAGCUGAUUUCACAGUCACUUUCGGCCAGGACUCGGCGAUAAAGCGACAGAGCGACAGGACGCAGAAGUUAUUAUAGAACAAACAACCAGAAGGAGGAGGAGGAGGAGGAGGAGCAGCACCAGCAGGAUCGACUAAGCCAAGUCUAUUAACAGGGCAAACAAGCCUCUCAUCUGGGGGGAAAAAAACACCACCCUCGAAUGGGAAUGUGAGACGUGAAAGCUGGCAAUGAGGCGACAUCGAUGCCAGGAGCAGGAGCAGGAGCAGCAGCAGCUGAAGAGGAGGCUGCCAGGAACCGAAUCGAAACAGUUAGCCGGCAAAUCGGAUUGCGAAUCUGCUGUAUUGACAUAAGGAAAUCGUUAGCCGGCUUAGGCCCUGCCCCACCCCCAUGCCGGGACCCACAAAGUGGAGCCGAAAUUUAAAAUUAAAAAUAUUGCAGAAAAGCGAAUGGCAGAAGGAGGAGUCGGUGGAAAUCAAAGACGGCACACAAAGUGAUAUGCUGAUGCGUCGGAUUUAGAGAGAGACAGAGACGGAGACGGAGAGAGCGACAGCGACGGGUCGAGUGUUGGGGCAUGAAUAUUUCAUGAGGCCAAAGCCGAGCGAGAGACGACACAAAACGAGACGAGAGACAAGCCAAGAGCCAGCCCCAAGUGAUGACAAUAAGCUGUGACAUGGCGGCAAGUCGCUAGAGACAAGCUCAGAGCCAGAGCGAGAGCCAGAGCCAGCGCCAGCGCCAGAGCAGAGUGAGAAUCGGAGAAAGAGUAAGAGACGACAACACUUUCCUUGCCGCUGCAAGACAUGACAGAACUAAGACGAGCUAAUGGCCUGGACGCCUCCGUUCCGCGGCUCCACAAGCAGCUCUCGGUGCGGGGAGUGGGCCAGCAUCCCCACCCCCACCCCCUGCUGCACUCGCUGGCGGAUCACGGCUGCAACCUGAGCAGUGGCGGCAACAGUGCGGCAAGCACCACGAGCAGCAGCACGGCCACGGCCACCACAGCCCUGGGAGGCGGAGGUGCCAGCAGUGGCGGCGGUGUAGGAGGCUUAGGAGGCCUGGGAAGCACUCAGCGCAGUGUGGAGUUCGAUGAGCAUGAUAUCUUCUAUGUGUCGCCAUCGAAGCGAAAAGGGGCUGACGGAGGAGUCCCUGCCAAUGGCUCUCUGGUGGCGCCACCCGGCAGCGGCGGCAACAGCAACAGCAAUCACAAUGUGGUUACCUUCUCCAAUUUUGUGAGCGAACAGCGGGUGACGCCUGCCUCCUCCCAUCGCGGAUCGCUGAAGCGCAGCAAGGGACGCAGCAAUCAGUCGCUGUGCAGCUGCGACGCCGGCGACGAGGCACAGCUCCAGCUGCAGCCGGAUGCCGCCGCAAGGCCGCUCUUCGAGUACAGUCUGGAGCGGCGCCGGAAGACCCACACAUACUCGUGCGAGCAGAACGCACAGAUACUCAUGAGACUGGAGCGCGAGCGUAAUCGUAAAUUAUCGCUGACUUUACCCGGAUCCGCCAUCGAAAUGGGAAUGGGAAUGGGCGCGGGCACGGCAACCGGAGCAUUGGUGGACCUGCAGUGCGACACGCCCAGCUUGUCGGAUGUGGACAUCAUACCGCCCGUGCCGCCGCCGCCUGCCAUGAAGCGCAAUGGCAGCAUGCGGAGCCUCAGACUCUUGCAACAUCUGCAGCAGCAGCAGCAGCAGAAUCAGCAGCAGUUGACCUUCUCGGGCAGCCACAACAACAAUCUGGCUCAAUUGUGCAGCAGCGAUCUGUUGCAGGAGUGCACCAAAUCCGCACUGGACGAGUGCACGGCCACACUGCUCCAGUGCACCACCACCAGCACCGCCAAUCAGAGCAGCAGCAACAGCAACAGCAGCAGUAGUCAUUGCAACAACAAUAAUAAUGCGAAGCCAGAUAUCUGCCACACGCAUAGCCACAGUCACGGCCACAAUCAUAGUCACAAUCAGAGCCAGGCCCAGAGCCAGAGCCAGAGUCUGAGCAAGCCGCAGAGCAAACAUGCCCCGAACCCGCCAUUUGCUGCCCACGAGGAGGAUGAGAUUUUCACGCCCCACUCGAAGAAAUCGGAUCCGAGUCUGUGCUUCCUGCCACCAGCCACGGCUGCAGCCGGAAACGGAAGUGCUGCCUCGAAAUACAACACCAUCGGACCGAGCAGCGAUUAUGCCCGACACCUGGCCCACUACAGUCGCUACCUGCAGAAGCAGCACCAGCAGCAGCAGCUGGCCCACUUCCAGCAGCAGCGUUGCCGCUGCUUCUCCCAGUCGCUGCUCAACUUCCCCCAGCAGCAGCAACAGCAGCAGCAGGGGGCCCAGCAGCAGCAGCAACAGCAGCAGCAACACACAUUGCCACUGCAACAGCAGCCGGCCAUCUUUCACACGAGCAGCAUGGACUGGACAUUGCCAAUUAAUAGUCGCAGCUUUGGCAAUUUGGUCAACAUCGAAGGCAGUGCCAUCGGCGGUGGCUGCCGAGUGCCGUAUCAGAAAAUGCCGCCACACCAGGGAGCCGGCAGCGGUGGGGCCUUGGCCGCGUCCACCUUCACCAUGACAUCGUUCGACAGCGACAUCGGAAUCGGAAUCGGACAUGGGCUCAAAGAACGCGAGUCGCAGACAUCGCUGCACCAGCAGGCACAGCCGCACACCCAUCCCCAUCCGCAUCCGCACUCGCACUCGCAUCCGCAUCAUUAUCAUGCACACCAUGCGGUCGUGGGUGGCUCGGGCUCCGGCUCCGUCACGCCACAAAAGCAUCACCAGCUGCACUCGAGCGUCACGAGCAUCAUGCCAUGGAAACACCGACAGUGUCCCAGUCGCGGUUCCUCCAGCUCGGGAACGAAUUCAUUCCGAUUCGAUGCGGCCAAGCAUUGGCUGGCUGUGAGCUCCAUACUCUUGAUAAUUGGGGCUGCCAGUGUGGCCGUGCCGCUGGCCCUACGUGUGGCAGCAAGUGCACCCUUUGAGGAACGCCUACGCGUGGCCGUUCAGCUGCUGGAUCAAGUGCCUUUAAUCGAUGGCCAUAACGAUUUACCCUGGAAUAUCCGCAAGUUCCUGCACAACAAACUCAACGACUUUAAUUUCGAUGAGGAUUUGCGCAAUGUAAUGCCCUGGGGACGUAGCCACUGGAGUCACACGGACCUCACGCGACUGAAGAAGGGACGCAUAUCAGCACAGUUCUGGGCCGCAUAUGUGCCCUGCGAGGCCCAGCAUCGGGAUGCUGUGCAGCUCACUUUGGAGCAGAUUGAUGUGAUCAAGCGCCUCACGGAUCGGUACUCCCCGCAGUUAACCACGUGCACCUCGGCGCAGGACAUCAUUGAUGCCCACAAGAACCAACAGGUCUGCUCGCUGACUGGCGUCGAGGGCGGCCACUCCCUGGGCGGCUCUCUGGCCGUUCUACGCACUCUCUAUGCGAUCGGAGUGCGCUACAUGACACUCACCUCCACUUGCCACACGCCCUGGGCCGACUCGAGUUAUGCGGACGCACCGACCUUCAAUAUGAAACAUGGCGGACUCACCCUCUUCGGGAAGACAAUCAUCCGCGAAAUGAAUCGCCUGGGCAUGAUGGUCGACCUAUCGCACGUCUCGAAGGGCACUAUGCGCGACGCCCUGGAGGUGAGCGAGGCCCCUGUGAUAUUCUCACACUCCUCCGCCUACGAGCUGUGCAACACGAGCCGCAACGUCCAGGACGACAUCCUGCAGUCGCUCGCCAAGAACGGGGGCCUCGUGAUGGUCAAUUUCUAUUCGAAAUUCCUCUCCUGCAGCGACAACUCGACCGUGCACGAUGCAGUCGCGCAUAUUAAUCACAUUAAGCGCGUCGCUGGCAUCGAUCACGUUGGCCUCGGCGCCGGCUACGACGGCAUUAAUUACACACCCAAAGGCCUGGAGGAUGUCUCCUCGUAUCCGACCCUCUUUGCGGAGCUUCUGGGUGGCGGCUGGACGAUGGAUGAGUUGACAAAGUUGGCGGGCGGUAACUUUCUGCGGGUCAUGCAGCAGGUGGAGAAGCUGAGGGACGACAAAAAGACUGCCGGAGUCAAGCCGUACGAGGAUCACCCCAACUUCCGCACCGACGAUCCGUACAACUGUACCUCCAGCUAAUCGAACACCGGCCCCAAGCAAUCAGAGGUUGUACCAGAGAUCCACCCGACCCGGCGUCAGGCAACGAAUGAAUAAAGUUCUGCUUUUGCUGCAGCAACUUUGGAUUUCUAUGUAUAGAGGAUACAAAAUUUAGCAUACUCACAGUCUAGAUACACAUAAGAUUCGUAUAAGCUUUAAAUACAUAGUUAAUAGAUAUAUAAGCCAUAUUUAUAUGCCUGAAUAUCAGGCAGAAGAAAUAUUUUUCCUCUUUCCCCCUCCCUGUGUAAACGAAGCGAAUUUCUUUUGAUUUUGGUGACAAUCUACAGACUGCCAAAAAAAAAUAAAUAAAAUAUAUUAUAAGCUACACACAAAACCCUCAUAUUUAUCCCGUAAAUUUUGCUUUAUUUUUUAUCCAGAAAUAAUA